AUGAUCAAUGCUACAGAGUAUUGGGUUGGGAGCUUUGGUUUGGGAGCUAGUACUGGAAACUUCAGUUAUGUUACCCCAAAUGUCACAUAUGAACAGCUAGAAACCUUGGGUGAGGUAUUAGGUGCGGGAUAUGGAUACACUGCGGGGGCUAUAUAUCAGCAAAAGGGGGAACCAAUGUCUUUAACAUUGGGCGGAUAUGACGAAAAUCGAUUCAUACCUCACAACGUUUCGUUCACUCUUACCCAAGAUCCACCUGUACCUCAAGUCUUUGUUGACAGUAUUUCUGUAAUAUCCUCCAAUGGAUCAAAUGCGCCUAUACAACUUGCGUCAUACGAGGAGAACAUCAACACAUUGAUUGAUAGCUCGACUCCUUACCUAUGGCUUCCGGAAACAGUUUGCAAUCGUUUCGCGGAUGCUUUGGGACUAAGUUAUAAUGAGUCCUUGAAUCUUUAUACCUUUGAUGAAAAUCCCACUCAACAUAACAAUCUAUCGGAUUCAUCUACAACGACAACUUUUACGUUUAGAUUCAAAGACAAAGCCUCAGCCUCGGAUUUUGUCGAGAUCGAUUUACCAUAUGCAGCCUUUGAUUUAUCAUUAUCCUACCCAUACAUUCCCAAUACCGAAUAUGGAACAGAUGAAGCAUCAAAAUUCUACUUUCCAUUGGCCAGAUCAGCAAAUAGUAGUCAAUACACUAUCGGUCGAGCAUUUUUACAGGAGGCAUACAUCAUCACCUCUUACGAGACCAAUCAAUUUUCCCUUCACCAAGCCGUUCAUGUAUCCGAUACGCUAAAUAACAAGAGCAUUGUUGUUAUUCCAAGUGGAGAUAUUACUACUGGACAAGAAACUGGCACAGUGUCAUCCAGUCAGAAUGCUCGCUUAACCGAGGGGCAAAUUGCUGGCAUAGUUAUUGGUGUAAUUGGGACAAUAGCAACUUUACUGGCUACCUUAUACUUUUCCUAUAUUAAAUACUAUAAGCCAAAGAAACUUGCGCUUGCUCUUAAGAAUUCUACUUCUGAGUCCGAAGCUGGUAUUAAUCUUCAACAACUUGAUAGUCCUCCGCCAACGGGGACCUAUCCUUCAGAAGCUCCUGGUGAUACCAGUCAUCCAGUUGAGAUAAACUCAGAAAUUGCACAGCCAACAGAAGUUAGCGCCGAAGUCCCGCACCAACGUUUAGAACUUGUAGCUGUGAUUCCAAAAGAACUCUCCGCAGAAACCGCAGUUGAGCUACCAGCAGAAGUCCCAGCAGAGUUUUUCAGAGGUAGUAUUACUGUUGAUAAUACUCCUACUGGUAGUCAUACCUUCUGCAGAGCCAUCUUCGAGAAAGGAUCCAUUCUCGUAACUCCUACUCGCUCUUCUAUUGUAGCAGAUCAAGUAUCGCCUAUAUCCUCCGAGACACAACUGCGGCCCGAUGGAUUUUCUCCUAUAGCCGAAAUUCAGCACCGCAUGAGUCCUCCUCCUACAUACGCCCUUGCAAAACCUGACAACUACGAUUUUGCUAGAGAUUUUCUUUCUAGCGACCAGCCACUAAGUCAAUUCGCUUCUUCUACUAGCAAUGGUGCCCCAGGGCCUAGUAAUUAUGUUUUUGCCGGAGCGAUGCCUUCAGGUAUUCAACCUCCAAAUCCAUUCGCUCCAACUACUAUGAGCCGAGACGCACAAGUAAAUGAGUGGCAUCGCCGCGAUGUGGAAAGACAAGAACACGAAGAAGAAUUACAUCGUCAAGCAUUAGCUCGCGAAGAAGAAAUCCGCGAGAAUCAAUUCCAGGCACGUCGUCUGGCACAUAGACAGGAAAUUGAGAGAAUGGAACGACUAGGAACCGAUGUUUUUAAAUAUCGCAAUGAGGACGUGGGGAGUGUUCAAGCACCUUUAGAAAUGCCGCUCAACGUGAUGAAAACGAAGAUCGCAAUAUACCUCCCACAAUCCAGGACGAAGGUGAUAUUCCCAGUGUAUCAGCUCAAGGAGGUGACCCAGAAGUUGCGCAAGUAA